AUAUUUAUAAACUAAACAAGUGACAAUGUAUGGAAAGUGAGAAAUUUUCUAUGGAAGACAUCUUCAAACCAAACUAUUAUUUAGAAACUAAAAGCAAUUGAACUUAAGUCGGGAAAAGUAACAUUUUCUGAAAAUGAAAAUCUUCGUAUCAAGGUAAAGGUCACCAUCAAAACCGAAAAUAGAAAAACCAACAAAAAAUAUCAAACGACUACGUGUCUGUCAACAGAAAAUGAGCUCCUCUAUAGAAGAUGUUGAAUUUGAAGUUAUUAAAGAAGAUGUUGAAAAGGAAGAAAAUGGUGAUGAACAAAUUCGCCAGGAAAACAUCGAACUCAUGAUUGAAAUUGCCCAUCUUUGUAACAGAAGAGAUCGGUCUAAGGUGGAGAACAUAUUCUUGCUUGGAAAAAGUGGUGCUGGAAAAAGUGCGCUUGUCAACACGGUGAUCAAGGUCAUAUCCGGGAAGUAUACGCCAAAGGCGAAGGUUGGGGCCGGUGGGACACAAUCAAAAACGUUAAAUCUAGAGAGGUAUAAAAGUUGUGGUGUUACACGUGAGGAUAUCACCGAUGGUACACAGCGUGAUCUCGUGCAAGGAAUAUUACCACGACUGCCCACCAUACUUGACGCUGCUGGGAAGGGUGACGUUAACUCGGAGUCUCUGCAAGAAAUAAUAGAGCUCCUCAUCGGAGGGUAUGUACCACCUGGCACAAGCAUCGAGGCUCUAGAGAAACUACAGAAAGAUUACGGUGUCGGUUCGUUGAAGGACGUUGUAUAUACAGAAUGUAAUCCAAGCUGGAAGGUGACUAAGGUUGUGUUUGUCCAAAGUUGUCGUGACGUAGUGCCAGAAAACCUGGUCGAGUGUCUUCAUACUGUACUGAAAAAGACCGACCCUGAAACAGCGAAACCUUUAUACACUGGAGACGUUUAUGUGGUCAUUACAAAGUACGACUUGGUGAAAAGUCAGAGCAUGUACGACUGCGGGUCUGAUGAUAAGACGGUUUCCAUGAGUGAUUUUAAAGCUGUGGAAACUAAAAUUGCUGAGGUGUUCAACAUUCAAGGAGCGUUGGAGGAUAACCGGAUACGUUGGGUUAGUUACACAGAUAGAGUGAGCAAAGAUAACCCCCACAUUGACAAUAUUGCCCUCAAAUUUAUCAGGAGCAUGGUGAGGCCGGUAAAUCAACAGGAAACAGAGCACGUGAAACCUGUGAUAACAAAUGCAACGAAAAUGAAGCUUGAAGCUAGAAAGAUGUGGCUGAGUUCUAAUUUCAAUCCUUCUCAGUUUGUUCUCAUCGUUAUCAGUAUUAUAGUGGCGUUCUUUUUGUUUAAACUUUUUACAGCACCUCUCAAAUGAAAAAAAAGUAUAACGUUUACAGUGCUGCACAAGAGAUUACAACACUGUGACGUGGCUAUCUAGUAUCUUGUGUAAACAUUCACGUACAUGCAUAUAUAAAGGAACUAAUAAAAAAUCUUGUAUGUUGUAAUUAAUGUUGUUACCACACAGUGAAAUUUUAUAUAUGUAUAUAGAAUCUAAUUACGCUUCUUAAACAAUUUUCAAACAGCAAAGAAUAUGUGAAAAAUGUACUGCAAAUUUUUGUCCACAUAUGGAAUCAUUAAAAUAUAUCAUUUAGUUCUUAUCUAAAAAUUUGGCUCAGA